GAGUCAGCAAGCCUUUUCAGAGUCGCCUGGGUUUUUGUUGUUCUUGUUUUCUAUCAAGAUGGGAACCCAAACAAGCUAUUCCUGCUAAAGAUCUGGCACCUCCAUCAAGGAAGGAACAGGCUGUGCCAGCUCUCCAGGGAGAAGAGGUCUGCGUGAGACACUGGGCAAUGAACCUGAGGCUCCAGCCCAGAGUAGUCUGAAGCUGCGUGGGCAAGCAGAGGACGUCCGGGGAGGAAAGAUGGCCAUGCCCCCAAGCUCUUCCCUGGCUCAGGUGUACACCAGCCCCGUGGCAGUAGCCGUGUGGGAAUGGCAGGAUGAGCUGGGCACCUGGCACCCCUAUAGCGCCCUGGUUUGCAGCUACAUUGAACAGCAGUUUGUCCAGCAGAAGGGCCAGCGCUUCGGGCUGGGGAGCUUGGGCCACAGCAUCCCCUUAGGCCAAGCUGACCCCUCGCUGGCCCCUUACAUCAUUGACCUGCCCAGCUGGACCCAGUUCCGCCAGGACACUGGCACCAUGCGGGCUGUGCGGAGGCACCUGUUCCCUCAGCAGUCAGCAGCAGGCCGGGGCAUCGUCUGGGAAUGGCUGAGUGACGAUGGCUCCUGGACAGCCUAUGAAGCCAGCGUCUGUGAUUACUUGGAACAGCAGCUGGCCCAGGGCAACCAGCUGGUGGACUUGGCCCCCGUGGGCUACAACUACACCGUCAACUACGCCACCCACACACAGACCAACAAGACUUCGAACUUCUGCCGUGGCGUGCGGCGCCAGGCAGGACCCCCUUACCCAGUGACCAGCGUCAUCGCCCCACUGGGCCACACAGGCAUCGCCUGCUCUUGCCACCAGUGCCUCAACGCCAGUGGAACUGGCCCCGUCUCAGGCCGCUACCGCCACUCCAUGACCAACCUCCCCGCGUACCCGGUCCCCCAGCCCUCCCACAGGACCGCUGUUGUUUUUGGGGCACACCAGACCUUUGCGCCAUACAACAAGCCCUCACUCUCUGGGGCCCGAUCGGCACCCAGGCUGAACACUACCAACCCCUGGGCCGGGACACCUCCCUCGCUGGGGAACCAGCUCCUCUACCGCUCCAGCCUCUCUCACCUGGCCCUGCAGCACCUGCCCCCAGCCCCCACCACCUCUAGUGGAGCCAGAGGCAUGACGAGUAUUCUGAUGUCAGCCAUUGGACUCCCUGUGUGUCUUAGCCGCGCACCCCAGCCCGCCAGUCCUCCCGCCUCCCGUCUGACCUCUAAAAGCCACAGCUCAGUUAAGAGAUUGAGGAAAAUGUCCAUGAAAGGAGGGCCCCCAAAGCCAGAACCGGAGCAGGUGAUAAAGCACUACACCGAGGAGCUGAAGCCUCCCCCAGAUGAGGACUGCAUCAUCUGCAUGGAGAAGCUCUCUGUGGCAUCCGGCUAUGGCGAUGUGACUGACAGCAAGAACAUCGGACCCGUGGCUGUGGGCCGCCUCACCAAGUGCAGCCAUGCCUUCCACCGGCUCUGCCUCCUGGCCAUGUACUGCAAUGGAAACCAGGAUGGGAGUUUGCAGUGUCCUUCCUGCAAAACAAUCUACGGAGAGAAAACAGGGACCCAGCCCCGCGGGAAGAUGGAGGUGUUCCGCUUCCAGGUGUCUCUCCCCGGCCACGAAGAUUGUGGGACAAUACUGAUAGUUUACAACAUUCCUCAUGGCAUCCAGGGCCCUGAGCACCCCAACCCUGGAAAGCCGUUCACUGCCAGGGGUUUCCCCCGCCAGUGCUACCUUCCUGACAGCGCCCAGGGCCGCAAGGUUCUGGAGCUCCUGAAGGUGGCCUGGAAGAGGCGGCUAAUCUUCACUGUGGGGACGUCUAGCACCACGGGCGAGACGGACACUGUGGUCUGGAACGAGAUCCACCACAAGACGGAGAUGGACCGCAACAUGACAGGCCACGGCUACCCCGACCCCAACUACUUGCAGAACGUGCUAGCUGAGCUGGCUGCCCAGGGCGUGACCGAGGACUGUCUGGAGCAGCAGUGACCACCAACCUGACCUGCCCUGCCCCGCAUUGCCCCGCCAGGCUUCCUCCAACGGCCACCCACUCCCCCACCGCCGUCUGGGAUAGCGGGCAGGAAGGUGCCUUCCCGAGAGGCUGGGGUGUGAGUUCUGGUACUGGGUGUGCCCCUAGAUGCCUGGCUGCACCUGUGUGUCAGUCUCCUCUCCUCGCCCACCCCCCACCCCCCCAAAGCAGGAGUCUGUGUGGGAAUCGGGCAACCCUGAGGAGUUCUACUUGAAGCCAGGGCAUAAGAUGCAGCUACCUCACUGCAUGGGGCCCUUCUGCUUUGGGCCCCUAGUGCCUGGGACCUGGCAGAGGGUAAAGGGAGAUUGUCCCAUCUCCCUCAGUGUGGGCAGGGCGUCUGGGUCAGCUUCUCAUACCUCAUAUUUUCUGUUUGCAAUAAAUGCCCAAUAGCCAAA